CUACUGGAAACUAUUUCACAAGCAAAAGCAACAAAUUACCAAUAAAUAACAGUGUGAAUAUAUAGAAAAAUAAAGGCCGAGAGAUAUAGCGAGAGCGAGAUACGAGCAUUAAAGCAGAGCAAAGUAAAAGCCGGUAGCUAGCGGCGGGAAUUUUCAAGUAUUUUGAAAUUCACAGUUGAAAAGUAGACCGUGUAAGAGUUGAACGCGCGUUAAACGUUAUUUCGAAAGUCAAUAGGCAAAAAGUAAAGUGUCAUAUUCGGAAAUUCGAAAUACACAUAAACAACAAACAUAGUGAAUUUUUUAGUGUGUGCAGACGUGAAAUUUGCGUAAAUUGGUGUUUGAGAAUUUUUCGAACUCAACUUCGAAUUUUCGAAAUUAACUUCGAACUCACUGCCGAAAGUUUUUUUGUGUUUGUGCUAACUAUAAAAAUAAUCAAAUUUAAAACAAAAAAAUUUCCACACAUUAUAGCAAUAAUUUAUACGUUGGUGUGUUUGUGUUUGAAUUUAAAUUCAAAUUCGUGUGCUCGCGUUAGUGUGUGUGCGCGUUUACGUGAAUGUGUGCGCUUUAAAGACAAAAAAAAAAAACAAACAAACAAAACAACAACAACCAACAAGCUAAUCAUGGUCGAUACCAACAGCACAGCCACGUUGACGACGACAACAAAAGCAACAACCGCAACCGUAGUGGCAGCGGCAGCUAAACCAAAGCAAUGUGUUGAUGUUGCUGUUGUAGCGGUGGUCGACAACGCACCAUUAUCAUGGCGUUCAAAUGGUAAUGGCCAACAGAAAAAACAAAAACAACAAGAAAAAGAAAUUACAAAAAAGAGCAAUAACUAUAAACAGAAGAAUACGAAUAUCAAUGACAACAACAACAACAACAACAACAACAACAACAACAACAACAACAACAACAACAACAAGUGCAAAGAAAAAAUUGCUGUUGAUAAGAAAAUAUGCAAUAUUAACGGUUGUGUUGAUGAGGAAAAGGAAAAUUGCUAUAAAGCAGCGCCGACAACAACAAGAACAACAACAACAGCCAAAACAUUAAUUUCCGCUACAAACGCUGGCAGCCACGAGAAAAGCAUCGGCAGUGAAUGCAAAGAAUAUAUAAGCGCUGAGAAUGCCGAUGCAAAGGAACAGCAACAACAAUUGCCAACAAAGGUGCUAACAAACGGAAAUAAUGACAACAACAGCAACAACAAGAAUGCCAAAACACGCAAUGCCAAACAAAAGCAGUCCACGGCGGCAAGCCAAAAGGGCCGCAACAACAAUAACAAUAAUAAUGCUAGCAGCAGCAACAACAACAACAACAACAACAACAAUGGAAAAAAUCAAAACAGCAAAAUCUUCACGAAUAGCAGUAAAAAGACGAAUUGGAAGCGUAGUGAGAAGCGUAACAGUAUCAUAUUCAGUACCAAUCAUCACUACAACAACUAUGGUGAUAACAAGAAUAAUAGCAACAACAAUAGCAAUAAUAAAGACAAUCACAAAUAUCGGCUCAACACCACAAAUAAUUCCAAUACACCAAGCAUUAUCACCGAUGACGAUGAUUCGUACCAUGACAUCACCGACACCGAAUCCAUACGCUCCAGCAACGACUGGCCAAGGAAAUACAAUCGGCAACAACAACAACAGCAACAAAAUCGUGAGAAAAACUCGAAAAAACCAAGUGCCAGUGAUUUGUUAACGGCCGCACUUAUGGUGCCGUGUGAAAAGUGCAAUAAAGUGAAAGUACCACAAGUGCAACAACAACAACAACAACAAUCACAACAAGGUGCCAACUCAACUGGGAGUGGUGGUGGCGGCGGCGGCGGCAGCCCACGGCAAUAUCGCAAAUCCAAAUCCUAUGUGAGUGUUUGCUCGAAAGAGACAUGUGGCGGCGGCGGUGGUGGUGGUGGUGCUAGCAGUAGUAGUGGACGCAAUUCGGCAGCAUCAUCGGUCGAGAAUUGGCGUAAUCCGCGCGGCGGUAAUAACGGCAAUAGUAAAGGUUCGCGCUAUCAGCGUUCGUUAAGCGACCGUCGUACCUCGUUCGAUCGUAUGUUUGCCGAACGUAAUAAAGAUUUUGUGCCAAUUGUGCAGCCUACUCGUCCAGUGCUCGCCUCGUCCAACAUCGAACGCGUACUAACAGAUACUGAGAAGAUGGUGUUGAUCGAACGUUUGGGGAAGGGCCGUCAGACAUAUCCAUUAAUGCAGUGCGGGACCCUAGACGCACACUCCGAAUCGUCAUAUCACUAUCAACAGCGUUCCAACAGAAUGGAUGUUUAUCAAAUUGACGAUGGUUUCCACUCCGACGGUGGGACUGAAACACCACCACCAUCACCCAGUUCCGGUUCGUCCAUAGCCUCGGCUUCGGAUCAUGGCUCACUGGAGAGUGUCGAUACUGGCGGCACACAACGUUUGGCUGUACUCUCAUUCGAACAGGUGCGCAAGUUGCACAAUGUCAUGGACGAAAAGGUUGCCAUACAUGGACGUGGUAAUUUUCCCACACUCGAAGUGCCCCUCAAAGACUUGGUUAAUAUGGUACGACGCAAGUUGGAGGCCGAUGUCAGUGUGGGCGGCGCCGGUGUGAUAGUCAAGGAUGUGCGCUUGAAUGGUGGCGCAGCUAGUCAUGUUUUAGCUUCCGAGGAUCAGCCAUACAAUGACUUGGAUUUGAUCUAUGCCAUUGAAUUGACUUCAACACGUCACUUUGAUCGUGUCAAAUCGGCCGUGCUCAAUACAUUGUUGGACCUCUUGCCCGAGGGUGUGUGCAAGCGCCGCAUAAUGCCGUGCGCCCUGAAGGAGGCUUAUGUCGGCAAGAUGGUGAAGGUGAACAAUAAUAAUGACGGUGAUCGUUGGUCAUUGAUUUCGUUGGGCAAUUCGCCUGGACAUAAGAAUGUCGAACUGAAAUUUGUCGAUACGAUGCGCCGCCAAUUCGAAUUCUCUGUUGACUCGUUCCAAAUUGUCUUAGACUCGUUACUACUUUUCUACGACUGUGCCGCUUUGCCCAUUUCGGAGAACUUCUACCCGACGGUGGUGGGUGAGUCUGUAUAUGGUGACUUCCAGGAAGCGCUCUAUCAUUUGCAAAAGAAACUGAUCUCAACACGACAGCCCGAGGAGAUACGUGGCGGUGGUUUGCUCAAAUAUUGCAAUCUGUUGGUGCGCAAUUAUAAGCCCGUCGAUCCGCAACAUAUCAAGACAUUGGAACGUUACAUGUGCUCACGGUUCUUCAUCGAUUUCCCCGACAUCAGUACGCAGACAAAGAAGUUGGAGGCGUACUUGUCCAAUCACUUCUGGGGUGUCGAUGAGGAGCCACUGCAAUAUCAGUACCUGAUGCAUUUACGCGAAGUGGUCGAGAUGUCAACGGUGUGCCUGAUGGGACACGAGCGGCGGCAGACCCUUCUGCUCAUACAGAAUUUGGCUACGAAUGUGCUCUACAAAGAGCAGAAGAAACAGCAGCAGGCGCAGGAGCAAUAUCAUCAACAUCAGCAGCACCAACACCAGCAACAGCAACAGCAGCACCUUCAUCACCAUCAGCAACAGCAACUACAGCAGCAACAACAGCCAGUCGAUGUGCAAAGCUCACAAACACAACAGCAACAACACCAGCAACAACAGCAACAGCAGUCACAUCAGCAACAAGUAACGCUCGUCACAACACAACAUCAACUCCAACAGCAGCAGCAGCAGCAACAACAACAACAACAGCAAUUGCAAGUGCCCCAAACACAGACGAUCUACUUGCAACCGGGUUCGGCUGUCGCCGCCUCGCCCCAAACGACAACAGCGACCAUUUGCUGUACGACAGCCACUGGUGAGCAGCAGCAACAACAAGUGCAAGUGCAACAAGCAGCCCAAGUGCAGGCGAUACAGACGCACGGCGCAGUGGCCCAGCCGACGACCACCAUUUUGGUCUACAACGGCGUCUACUAUGCACCUGUGAUUCCAGCUAUUUGCACAUGCAAUCAGACGUGGUUGAGUACGUGAUUGGCGAGUGAGCCGACA